AUGGCGGAUCAAGUCCUGGAUCGCUCCAAUCGCACCUUGCACGAGCGCAACGUCAUACCGCCGGGAAUCUUGCCUGAAAUUCAGGAUGAUUCAACACAUCGCGUAUUUCGCAGCUCGAAGGCAGCUCCUGCGAGCCACGAACUCAUGCACAUAAAAGCAUACCAGGCUAUGAGCGAUGAAUGUGUUGAGGAGUGGAUUGUGCACCAUGUAUGGGGCCCGGCCUGUUCUGGAACAGACCUGAGCCAGGGGCUCACAAUAGACGGGGUAUGGGCAUGGGUAAACGGGUCGGACCCGUUACAGAUCGCCUGGCGGAAUCGCUAUCGACCAAACGACGGCAUGACAAUGGACGCGACUCACAGAUAUACUGAGCACAAUGAGCUUCGCUACUCUAUGCGCUCUGCGCUUGCGUCUCUCGGUAAUCGUACUAUGCGAAGGCUGCACAUACUUGCUAGUGCCUAUGGUCUGCCGGAUGCUGUUGACGCCGAUAUGGCUGGACAGGUACCUGCCUGGCUUGACAAAGAAGUGGCCGCGACUGACGCCGGAUCGAUCAAGUUGCACCACGAUGUAGACUUUUUCGCGCCAAGCGAAGCAGGGCAAACCAAUUUAUCGGAGCUGGAGACCUGGAAGUGGAGAAAGUCUGUUAUUCCUAGCUUCAACUCGUUGGCAGUAGAAUCACAGAUUUACAACAUCGACAACACUGCCUCUGACCAGCUGGUGUACUACAACGACGACUUUUUCACGCUGCGCAAACUUUUCGCCUCCGACUUCACUACUCCCCUAUUCGGACCAGUCAUCAGAACACUCACUAGAGUGACGAGCAUGUACCUACCCGCGGAGAACACGAUCUAUCGCUGGAUUCAUCCAACGGGUGAAGAGUAUGGCAUUAAGCGCGCCGCAUGGGUCCUUGGCCGGCGCUUUGGAUCGCGCCCUUAUUACUACAUCACUCAUCAUCCUAGGACGCUAAGCCUUCCGCUACUCCACGAAGCCGCUCAAACGUUCCCAGACGCCUUCUCCAACACAGCAAAAUCGCGGUUCCGUGCCCAGCGAGACGUCCCCCCGCCCGUUCAAGCCAUUUUUCUAGGCUCGUGGUACAUAGUGGAGCGCCAUCGAGAGGCUUUACUAUGGACCUGGGCAGUGGCGAAAUGGGGCGGAACGCAAGGAGUCUUGACUGCGUCUUUGAAACGCCUUAUGUUGACGGAAUUGGCAGACGAGCCAUGGUCGUCAGGAACAAGCCUCAAGAUCGGCGUACCGAUCCGUGUACCGAUCGAGAAGACAAAUGUCUUUCAGCAAAGCAACAUCGAUGUACCCAGCUCGACCGAGUAUUCGUUCUCUAGCAAGGAUGGCUAUGCGCUCUCUUAUGUCGAAUCCAUGUGGUUUUGGGACCGACCUCGGCACGGCUAUCCAGACCUCGCGAAAGGACUCAUAGAAGACCCGGAUAAGAUCGAGUCAGGCACUCAAACACGAUUUCUGAAAAGCCCGUCACACAAGCCCGCCAAGAUGUGUACGAUUGUGCUCUCAACAUGCUUCGGCUCAAUGGUGGCAGAGGAGACGGCCAGCGAAUUCUUCAAGCGUGUGGCAUUCAAGCACCCAAAGUGUGGUGACUGUAUCAUCGCUGCACUAAUCGGUGCGAGUGGCGUAACGGGCAUUCACAAAUUCUUACCACAGGACCACUCUGAGUCGGCUUCCAAAAUACAUGCUGGACUUGAUGCCGUUCCUCCGCACCUGCCCUUGACGUCAGACUGGAGGACAACAAACUUUUCGAUAUCCCACGUUAUCCCAGACGGCUCGCUUGUGCCCAGUACGAAUCUGAGGACGUGGUGUGCCCGCCUCAUCCAGAGGUAUUCUUAUGUCCUUGGGUCAACUAGCAGCGACUUUUACAAAGUGGAGAGGGCAGGCCCGCUUCUCUCGAAAACGAACGAAAUAAGACGCAUGGCGGAAAAAGACACGCCAUCGAGCAGCCUGCAUCCUGAUCAUGGUGUUGAGGAGUUGCCUUCUUUAGAGCAAAAUGAUAGCUCAGCACAACGACCAGGAUCGCGUGGUUCAUGGGAGUACGAGAUGGGUGAGCACCGAGGGCCCCUGGCGUUUUUGUGUCUGAACGACGACAUCAAAGAGACCGGCGAUGGUCGCGAUCGCGUCGACCAAAUCUAUGUCGAGUUCUUCGAAGACAUGUGGCCUGAGACGAUGAGUUUCGAACAGUUACCUUGA